AUGGCGGGGCGCGAUGAUGGAAAUCGCCCCGGACCUGGACGGUUGAGCUCUCCUCGACUUUCGCGUCGUGUGUCAUCGAGGUCGCCGCUAAGAGACAGUAUUUUGAGUGAUGGUGGUUCUCCUCCUGAGGAGGACGAGACGGUCCUACUUCGAGAUGUUGGGGCGCGGAAUAAUACAGAUGCGCGGGGAAGAAGGGAAGUGGGACAGGAAACAGAUGGGGUUACGGACGCAGGUUUAGGUGCUAACACCCCAGCUCGCGCCUCUCUCCGGGAUAUCAGAAGGGCACCCUCAUUGCCAAGCCUAGCGACGGCGGCAAUGCCACUGCAGCGACAGGCUCAGGCUCGAGUGCGCUUUUCAACGGAUCUCGAACGCACGGCGGAUACCACUUUUCAGAAUCUGCGCUGGGAAGUGCAUGACGGCGCUGCAAGGGAGGGUGGCGGUGGUGGGCCUGCUCCCGGGCUAGGACUUACUGUAGACACCUCCUCGCCGAGUGUCGUUUCGAAUUUAAGAAGCCCAACACUGCGGAGUGGCGGUCAACGCAUAUCCCCCGUCUCUCCCGCAGACCCUGUUCCGCCGCUGCGCGAAUCUCCUCCCGUCUUGCCCAAGACGCGGGAUCGAGGUUAUUCUCUACGACGCUCGAUUUUUAACCGGAACAUUGCCAACCAAUCAGAUCAAGACUGGACGAAUAGCAUCGAAUUAGGUCACCGUCUAUCGGCGGAUGGCGAGGCUCUGUCUAGGGUCCAUUCGCAGGGUCAGGAAGCUGUGGCUCAGAGUAGCUCGAAGGAUGAAGAAUCUACCACGUUCUCGGACCUGAAGCCCCAAAUAAGAGGGGAGAAGCCUUACUUGACAUUGGACCGAUGGAAAGACUUUACGGCUGCUUUCCGAAAACAAGUGCUUCGCAUCAAAGAAAUCCCGCCGAGUAAGGAUGGUCGACAUAUCGACCUUGAUGUCCAGAGGCAACAUUCCCUGAUCGACGAACGGACGGGCAAACACUACAUCAGCAACCGCAUCCGAUCAAGUCGAUAUAGUCUAUGGAGCUUCUUCCCCCGCCAACUCGUAGCGCAAUUUUCCAAGCUUGCGAAUUUCUAUUUCCUUGUUCUUUCCAUUUUGCAAAUGAUACCCGGCCUCAGUACCACUGGAACUUUCACCACUUUUGUUCCCCUGAUGAUUUUUGUUGGUAUUUCCAUGGCGAAGGAAGGCUUUGAUGAUUUCCGUCGUUACCGAUUGGAUAAGGAGGAAAACAACCGGAUCGCAUAUAUUUUGCGGCCCUGUGGCCCGCUCGGAAAUGCUGCUACUACCAUUUCCACUACUUCUACGGAUUCCCCGGAAUCCAAAGUAACGGCCACAGUUACUGAUUCAGAAUCCAAUCUUUCAAACUACUGGGUGCCAACCAAAUGGGUAGAUAUCCAGGUGGGCAACGUCAUCAAGCUAUCCCGCGACCAACCAGCGCCGGCAGAUCUCGUUCUCCUCCACGCAGACGGCCCGAAUGGCAUCGCAUAUAUAGAAACCAUGGCGCUGGAUGGCGAGACAAAUCUGAAAGGCAAACAACCCUGUCGCGCCGUCGCCAAAGCCUGCAAAACGGCCGACAACAUCAUGCACAUCACAUCAAUUCACUUUGCUGUCGAAGACCCCAACACUGACCUCUACAAAUUCGAUGGCAACGUCACAGUUGAUGGGAAGAAACUACCCAUCACCAACUCAGAAGUCAUCUACCGCGGCAGCAUUCUGCGGAAUACCCAUGAAGCCUUCGGCAUGGUUAUCUAUACCGGGGAGGAGUGCAAGAUACGUAUGAACGCGAACAAGAACCCACGCAUCAAGGCGCCGGCCCUACAGACCGUGGUCAACCGCGUCGUCGCUGUCAUUGUCCUGUUUGUCAUCGUGCUCGCGUCCGCGUGCACGAUUGCGUAUACGUUCUGGUCGCGCAACGUGGAGGAUGUAUCGUGGUAUUUACAGUACGCGGAUGUCUCGAUCGGCCCCAUUUUCACAUCUUUCAUCAUUAUGUUCAACACCAUGAUUCCCAUCUCGCUGUACGUCAGUUUGGAGAUUGUGAAGGUUGCGCAGAUGCUUUUGCUGAAUGAUAUUGAUAUGUAUGAUGCGGAGUCGGAUACGCCGUUGGAGGCCAGGACGUCGACAAUUAAUGAGGAGUUGGGGCAAGUUAGCUACAUAUUCUCGGAUAAAACCGGCACGUUGACGAAUAAUAGCAUGAAGUUCCGCAAAAUGAGCGUUGCAGGGACGGCAUGGUUACAUGAUACUGAUUUACAAGAGGAAGCGGCCCGCGAGGCAGAUCGCAAAAUGCUCCUGCAUAAGAAACGCAAGGAGAAGAAGGCUCCAUCGCGGAAAUCGGCCACCUUUGACCAAUUCGCAUUGGCGCGGAAAUCCGGCGUGUCAAGUCACAUGAACGACGAGAUCUCAACACCACUGACGACGACGCGUUGGCGGUCGAAUAGAAAACAUAGAAUGCAUCAUGGUGGCCGCACUGUGGAGAUGUUGGAAUACAUACAGCAGAAACCGCAUACGCUGUUCGCGCGCAAGGCGAAAUUCUUCAUCCUCGCCCUCACCCUGUGCCACACGUGCUUACCGGAGCGAGACGGCGAUGGUGAUAUUUCGUUCCAAGCUGCGUCCCCGGAUGAGGCUGCGCUGGUCACUGCUGCUAAGGAGAUGGGAUAUCUGGUGGUGGACAGACAACCCAGCUCGCUUACCAUCCGACUCUCAACGGCCAGGCGGGGCGGUGAUGGCGAUGAUGGAGAGCCCAUCGAAAAAGAGGAGGUCUAUGAAAUUCUAGACGUCAUUGAAUUCUCCAGCGCGCGCAAACGCAUGUCGAUCAUCGUGCGCAUGCCCGACAAGCGAAUCUGCCUCUUCUGCAAAGGCGCCGAUUCGAUCGUCAUGGGCCUCCUGAAACGAUCCGGGCUCGCGGCGGAGAAGGUCGCCGAGAUCGAGAGCCGCGCCAAUAAGCGUAAAUCUCUCGAGGCGAAAGAAGUCAUGAGACGCAACAGCGAGCAUGCCAAUCGCAAGGAUGGCAAGCGGACGAGCCUAAGUAUUGGUCGUCCUAGCUUCGUGGGCACGCGCCGCUCGAGUGUUUCUGGCAAACGCCGCUCGUCGCUGCGGGAUAGCAUCGAUGUCUGGCUCCGGGAUAGGGAGACGGAUGGCGGUCUGGAGUUGAGGGGUGGCGAUGAUGCUGGCUACUAUUACAGCCCACGCCCGUCGAUGCAGUUCUCCCCGCGGCCUUCCGGGGCGCUUUCGGAGGAACUGCACCGCUCUUCUUUCCAGACGGAUGAUGGCGCGGAAGAUUUAGUCGAGGAGUCGUUGGUGGUCAAUGAGGCGAUGGUGUUUGAGCGAUGUUUCCAGCACUUGAAUGACUUUGCGACCGAAGGGCUGCGGACGUUAUUGUAUGGCUAUCGGUUCCUUGACGAGGGAGAUUAUCAGGAGUGGAAGGCUAGGUAUCAGGAGGCGACGACGAGUUUGGUGGGCCGGCAGGAGAAGAUUGAAAAUGUGGGCGAACAAAUUGAGAGGCAGCUAGAAUUGGCCGGGGCUACUGCUAUUGAGGAUAAGUUGCAGAAGGGAGUGCCAGAAGCCAUUGAUAAGCUGCGCCGAGCUAAUAUUAAGCUCUGGAUGCUUACGGGGGAUAAGCGGGAAACGGCGAUUAAUAUUGGCCAUUCGUGUCGGCUGGUGAAGGAUUAUUCGACUGUGACUAUUUUGGAUCAUGAUGCUGGAGAUGUCGAGCAGGUUAUUUUGGAGACGACGAGUGAGAUUGAGAGGGGCGCUUGUGCUCAUUCUGUGGUUGUGGUGGAUGGACAAACGCUAUCGACGAUUGAAGGGGAUGCACCGCUCCAGGAACGCUUUUUUGACCUUGCCAUCUUAGCGGACUCUGUCAUUUGUUGUCGUGCGAACCCCAAGCAGAAGGCGUUCCUCGUGCGGUCAAUACGGAAGAGGGUAAAGAAAUCCAUUACGCUUGCCAUCGGGGACGGUGCGAAUGAUAUCGCUAUGAUUCAGGAAGCGCACGUAGGGAUUGGCAUUACCGGCAAGGAGGGUCUGCAAGCUGCCAGGAUAUCAGACUACUCCAUCGCGCAGUUUCGGUUCCUGCUCAAACUCCUCCUCGUCCACGGUCGCUGGAACUACAUCCGCGUCUGCAAGUACACGCUGGGAACCUUCUGGAAGGAAACCGUCUUCUACCUCACGCAGGCUCUCUACCAGCGUUGGAACGGCUACACAGGAACCAGUCUCUACGAAUCAUGGUCUCUGAGCAUGUUCAACACUUUUUUCACCUCCCUCCCAGUCAUCUUCCUUGGAAUCUUCGAAAAGGACCUCGCCGCCUCCACUCUGCUCGCAGUCCCUGAACUCUACACCAAGGGCCAACGCAACGGCAGUUUUAACAUCAAACUCUAUCUUGGCUGGGCCUUCAUGGGAAGCUGCGAAGCCGUGAUCAUCUAUUUCACCAUGUACGGCCUCUUCGGCAACGCCAUCUUCACCCUCGACAACGGCGUCUUCGCUAUGGGCCUGCUGACCUACACUGUCUGCGUCGUCAUCAUCAACCUGAAGCUCCAAUUACUUGAGAUCCGCUGCCGGACCAUCAUGGCCGUCAUCGCCAUCAUCGCGUCCGUUGGCGGCUGGUUCCUCUGGAACAUAAUUCUCUCCCGCCGCUACGAAACAAACGCCAUCUACAACGUCCGCGACAACUUCUUGCCCCGCACAGGCCGCAAUUUGCUCUGGUGGGUUACCAUCUUCCUCGCCGUGGUUGCGGUGGUUCUCUUCGAGCUAUCUGUGGCGGCGCUGCGCGUCGCGCUGUUCCCGACCGACGUGGAUCAUUUCCAGGAGUAUGAGGGCGAUCUGGAGAUUCGGAAGCGGUUUGAGGAGGCGGCGGCGUCGGAGUUGCAGCAGGGUUGGGAUCGGGGGGGAAAGAAGUCAAGUUUGGAAAUUCUUGCGGGGCUGGAGAGCGAGGCUGCGGACAGGGAGGCGGAGAGGGAGAGGGAGAGGGAGUUGCAGAUGCAGGAGUUGUUGGAUCGGAGGACCUCUCAGGGACAGGGCAAAGAUAAGGGUGGAGACGGUGCUCAUGUGCAGACGGAGGAGGUGGAGUCGGGGAAUAGCCAGCCCGUUGCAAAUGGAGCUGCUGCGGCCGGAGAGAGUGCAGAUGUGCCAAGUUGCUCGCGGCGCUCGUUGGAUGUUCAUGAGUUACUCAGUAAGGGGUUCGGUGCCAUUCGCAAGGGGCAUUUAUAA